CUAGACUCAUUCGUCCAGUUGCGCGCGGGUCGCAUUUUGCUAGGGUUUGCCACUUUUCGUCUGCACUGCGGAGUGGUGGGAGCAAGUACCGGCGCCGGCGCAACUGCUUCACGAAACGACCGCCCGGAAUUGUUGCCGUAGAAACCACUACCCUGCUUAGACAUGUCCAUGACUCCCAUUGAGAAGCUUCGCCACCAGUGCCUCCAGCGGGGCGCGCAUGGCAUCAAGGGAUUUGCACGGCAAUUCCGCAUCAUGGAUGACUCCGGAGACAAGAAGCUCGACAUGGAGGAGUUCAAGAAGGGCCUGCAAGACUUCAAGGUGUUCCUGAGCCCCAGUGAGGUGGACGCCCUCUUCAAGGAGCUCGACAAGGACGGCAACGGCACCAUCUCCUUCAACGAGUUCCUCGUCGCACUCAGGCCUCCAAUGUCGGCAGCCCGUCUGGAGCGCAUCACCCAAGCGUUCCACAAAAUGGACAAGACCGGCGACGGCGUCAUCACCAUCCAGGACCUCAAGGGCGUGUACAACGCUCGGCAGCACCCCAAGUACCAGAACGGGGAACUCACCGAGGACCAGGUGUUCCUGCUUUUCCUCAAGAACUUCGACAGCCCCAACGACCCCGACGGCAAGGUGACAAUCGAAGAAUUCGUCAACUACUACGCGGGCGUGAGUGCCUCCAUCGACACGGACACCUAUUUCGACCUCAUGAUGAGGAACGCCUGGAAGAUUUGAGCGACGGAACUCGAGAAAAAAAAGGAAACCAGUCCACCCUUUUUGGCCACGUGACCCUUGCCACUAGUCACGUGAUGCACAGCCGUCACAUGCGCUUUUUUGUCCCGUCCCGGCUGAAACCGUCGCAGUCUGUCAGACAUCCUCUUAACGUGUAACUCGUCUUAACGACUCUCCUUUAGCUUCUUGUGUUGCGCUUUCCAUUGACAGGCUUUUUAUAUAUUACUCAUUCCAUCUUCUUAUUGCAAGUCUUAAGUGUUAAUUUAAUCGAACCUUUAUACGUCUUACCCGUACUUUGCAAUUUGUUUGCAGGGUUGUUUGCUUGUGCUUCGCAUGAUAUGGUAAAGGAGAGCAUAUCUUCGAGCGUGUCGUGGCAAACCCACUUUUACAUUAUUGUACUACUCCCGAACCGAAUGGGAUUACAUGCUUGCAUUGCCACUACUGUUUUGGACAAUGUCAGUGAUAAAUCGACGUUUUUUUUUUUUCCUUUUCGAUGUGUGAGAAAGCUGUUAUUUUUCAAAUUUUGCUGCGACAGAUCUCGUGGUGUCUAGUGUCAUCUAAUUAUUUUUUAUUGUUGCUGAAGUCGCACAUCGGCGCCCCAGUUUGUACGUCAAAUUGAGCUGAAACAUUGGAGAAGCUGUUUGGGGCCUAAUUUUCUUGAGAGUUAAUCGAGCCUUCAGCCAUCGACUCAUCUUGGAAUAGCCAUACACCGGUAAAUGACGUAGGUUUUGUGAAGUAGCCAUAGUAUAGUUGCUUUGUAGGUUGUUCCACCUAGUCACUUGUUUACCUCCAGCAAAACCAAAAAAAGGAAAGUCCGGUGUAACCAAAAACUCGUAAGGUGGAAAGUGCAUUGAAAGAGUUGUUGUUGAAUGGCUAGGAAGAUGACUGCCACUUAUUUUGACGUUUGUGGACAUGUUGAGAAGGAUUUCCAGGGUUGGUUCUAUAAAGGUUCCUAAAUCAAACUGCAGUCUUUGAAAGGCUUAGCUACAGGGCCCAAAGUAUCUUGGUUUUUAUAGGAAAGACAUUCCAGUUAGUUUUGUUCUGUUGUUGAAUUGUUCAAGUUAAACGUGAUGUUAUUGUCAACGUGGUUUGUUUAGGAGCACGUUGACACCUAUCAUUCCCGUUGGCGAUGGAUUAGCAUGUUUGUCGACGUGCUCUGAUGUGCCGCGUGCGAUGUGACAUGUGUCGAAGUUUCGGGCAUUGCAGACAACUGGGAUUUGGUAAAGGCAUUGUGUUAUUAACGCAUGACAUUGUUGCCGACAUCAGCCAAAACUCAUUAUCUAGCGAGUUACCGAGUUAAAAACGACGUGGGGCACGUUUGUGCAUGAAAAAGACUUCGCGUGUUGUUUGCUGUGACACUUUUUUCAGUCUGCAAGUGUUGAAGUGCCGAGCUGCGUCGCGUGCCGACACAUUUGGAUAUCUUUAGCACCAUUCGUAGUGCGCGGUGUUGGAACUCUAUGUAACUGUUUUCAGGGUGCUCACAUAUGGUACCAGGCAUCGCUUGCCAACUUCUCGCUGCCAAUUUGCCCUUUAUGGAAAGACUACCUAUCAUCAGUUACACAGGAUUUACAGACUGUUCUUGUAGCGUCACGUUCAAACGCAUAAGUUCUCUGUGGCACCGCUGGCGACCCUUGGGCCAUCUUUUGUGGAACCAAUUACAGUUUUUGAUCCAUCAGUCUCUGAAACACUGUACGUGUAGGAAUUGCUGUUGCAAAAUUUGGUUUGGUCUACAUCAAGAUGUGCAAAUAUACAGCGUUUCAAAGCAGGCUAUGCGUGAUUGUUUUCAGGUGACGCUUACCGCAGAAUCCAAGUUGCUUUUCAGUGAAUCAGUCACCUAAUCAUCACUGGAACACUUUAUUGUAGCAUAAGCACAGUCGGAUAUUGAUCGUACAGUUGGUUGCCCGUGCAACAGAGAUCUUCUGCGUUUGAAUCUUGCCUUAGGCUGUUACGCAACAUAGCUCAGUUCAUGCCGAGUCGGUGUGAGUAGCAGGUCGCAUUUAAGAAAAACUCUUCUUCAAGCUCACAAACUGGCUGCAACAUGGCUCUAAUUGUUGCUAGAGCCACAAGUUCUGACGUAGGUACUGCCUUGCCAAUUUUACUCAUGACAUUGCACAAGCUAGCUGUCGUGCCAAGCUGUUAAGGGGAAUACGAAACGGGGAACUGAAAGAAAAAGUUCUGGAACUCCUGUACCUUCUCUGGUAACCUCUUCUGGGGCACACACAUAUAUUUGAAGCACUUUCAAACUUCUAAUUCACGCUAUGUGAAAGAGCACUACUACGCUUUCAGUAUCUAGUCGCACGCUUUUCUUGCUGUCGCUAUCGCUGGAAGUUGCAAGGUUUGUGCGUGGACAAGUUGCUGGACUGCUGACUAUGCACUGAGAGUGAAGUUUUGCUGUUUUUAGUAAACUUAACAUCUUUUAGAUCUAGA